AUGAAGGAGUAUCAGAGGGUGAGGCAAGAGAUCAGGCUGGAAUCUCGAAGUUUAUUUACUGCUUUUAGAUUCAAUCGAUUAAAGUCAAUCCAGAACGACGCCUUGUUUGUCAAUUCCGUCGCAUUAAACUACCCAUUACUCAAGAUCAUCGCCAAUGAACGCGCUGGAGUAUGCGAUACAACUGGUACUGCCACAGGUGCACUGCAUCUUCCACCAUUCAUACCUGAAUCGGAACGAGCUCAAAUGGAAGCCCUCAUACCGACGUAUACAGAAAAGUUUCUAGCUUCGGGACUAGACAUCGCCUACUUGGCAACACAUAUACAGUUACCACUACGACCAAUAUGGCACUGUCCGUCUGGAAACUAUGGAACCGCAGAUUCCACACAAUCUAUAUCCAUUGUACUAGUAUGUGCAUCCCGAAUGGUCCAUGAUGGACUGGAGCGGUCUGGUCAUUAUUGUUACGUACAAGGAGCAGCAGAUGACGAGGAAAGUUGGAGUCGAGGACUAACUCCUGAGCUAUUUUGGAAUCAUUCAAACGACAUAUUUCUUGCUGAUUCCGUUGAGGAUGUUGUAGAUGACCUAGUAUACCAGCAACUCGUAACGAAUCAGAACACUGUCAGUAGUGACAGCAUCGGUAGCAAUAGCAAAAUUAGCACCAACACCAGUAGUUCCUGGAUAUUCCAAUCAGCCACAUUGUCGAUUGCUGUAGGUAAUCGAGCCAGUGGUAGGCCUCCUGAAUGUUGGCAACAUUACGGUGCCGUCAUCAACUGUGGUGCACCUGAAUUUGAACAUCCAGACUCUCGUAAAUACUUAUAUCUACCAAUACCUGAGGGCAAGAAGGGAGCUCAACAGCUGGAAGAGUGUAUUCCAGUGGCAAUUGGUUUUGUGAGGUCUCUGUUAAAGGACGGCCCAGUGCGGCUUCUCGUGCACUGUAUGCAAGGCAAAGACCGAUCUGUAGGAAUUGCCAUGGCUCUCAUGAUGGAAUUUGUUGAUUUCAAAACUAAAGCAGUUAUAAUUGAUGGCAUUCCCCGUGGUAAGAAGCUGCAUCAUCUUCAAAACUCUCGGCUAUCUCUGACUUAA